AUGACCUAUACACUAUUUCUUAAAGCCACUCUUUUUCCACUACAUAUUCUACAAUUAUAUAAAGGUGGUAUUGAUGUAAGUGAAGUGGAUAUAUCUGAAAGAUUAACAUCACAAUUAAAAGCGAUAAGAAUUAAUGCCAUAUCAGUUAUAUAUAAUUGUAUGAUACAAAAUAAGGGAAUUUUAACCGAUGCACGGUUAAAUCAUAUUCAAAGAUAUACUAAAGAAGAUGAUAAGACAUUUAACAAUUUCAUCAUUGAAAUAUUAACAUCCGUUGAGAACAUUAAGACGGUCAACUAUACUGAAUUAUUCCAUGAUUGUGUGAAAAAAUUAGAAGGCGAAAAUAUUAUUCAUGCAAUAAAAUAUAUUCACGAACAGAGUAAAGAUGCGAAAAGAUGUCAAGAAUUAUUUGAUGAAAACUCAAUAACAAAAAUAAGUAGUGUAUUUGCCCAAACUCAUGUGCAGAAUAAUCAAAAAUUACUGACUUGUUCAACAAUAAACAAUUAUCUUCAACUUAGUUAUAGUAAAUGUUUGAAUGAAAUUCAACUUAGAAAUUAUGAAAACUUGUUGAACUGUUCGCAGCGUAGUGAAGAUUUAAAGCUUGAAGCAUUAAAAUCCAUUGUCUUAACUGUCGAAAAAGAUACAAUGUUACCAGAAUUUAUGAUGAAAAUUCUAAUUGAAAAUAUGAAUGAAGAUGAUGAUAAAUUUGAUAAUUUCGUUAUUUUAGUCUUGGACAUCUCUGCAGAAAAAGAUAAAGAUAAACAAACUUGUAUUCUAGCAGCAAAAGCAUUAUAUUUAGCUUCAGAAACACAUGAAAUAAAGGAUCCUGUUCUAUUUGAACUACAAGAACAUAUAGAAAGUCGAAGACAUGAUGUUUCUGUUUAUUUGACUGUAGCUUAUGUUCGAGGUUUAGCAACAUUAUCAUCAUCUUACGGUUUUAUCGCCACAAGUCAUGUUAGUUAUGUACCGAGAAUCUUUGUAUUUGAAGAUUUACAAUUAGGCGAAGAAAAUUUUGCUGAUAAAGUUAAUAAAAAAAUUCUAUAUUUGUUAUACAACGAAGCUGUAAACAAUCCAUUUGAAGAUGAUGUUUUCCGAAUUUUCAAUCAUAUUCUAUUGCUCGAAAAUGAGUAUCAAGUUGAAGCUACCCCAUUCGUUAUUUUUCACGGUCGAGAUAGGUUAGUAUCUCCAGGUGUUUCUGCGUCAGGUGAUAUCUUAAUUAUGCCUCCAAAAAAAGGAGGAACAGGUGCAAACAAACAAAGGCAACAUUUGUUUAAUUCUAUUAAUGCACAACAAGGUCAAACAGCAGUAGCUGAUGUUGGAGAAACAAUGGCGAUUAGUCAUAGUCCAAGAACAAAGGCUUCGACAGGAACAAAGGCAGGCUUGAAUAAGCAAUCAAAUUUUAGUAUUGCACCUCUAAUUCUAGAGGGCGUGAAGCUAAACAAGCUGCAAUUAAAUGACGUCAUUAAACAGCAUUUAAAGGACUUACGAAUUUCUGAUAUUCAGCUAAGUCGAGCAGGAAAUUUCACAAUAUAUGCAAUCGAUGUGAAUUCAUUUAAUCGUCUGUUAAAUGAGUUGACACCAAUCCUUGCAACAAAUGGACAGGGUACAGCAAAAAUCUAUGUGCCCCGAUUCAUUCAACGUAUCAAAGAUACAGAAAGAGUCGCGUUUGUAAAAAACGUCGACAUCGAAAUUCCUGAAAGUCGAAUAAUUGAAGCAUUGAAGGACGUUGGCCUUGAUGCUAUUGAUGUUGUUCGACUUACGAAUAAAGUCAACAACAUGCCAACCAAGACCAUCAAAAUUACAUUUAAUGAUCCACAAAAUCGAAACGCAUUCAUACAUACUGGUCUACAAGUGGAUUCAAUGCAUUUCUUAGCUGAACCAGCAACUCAAAACACCAAGCCGGUACAAUGUUAUUUAUGCCUUCAAUACAAUCAUGUAGCAAAGUACUGCAAAACUAAGCAACAGAUAUGUGCUCGAUGCGGUGAUAACCACCAAAUGGAUCAAUGUACUGCUGUUUCGGAUUUGUUGACAUGUUACAAUUGUAAAGGUAAUCACUUAGCUACAUCUAAUGUUUGUUCGAAAUAUAUAGAACAAGAAAAAAGAAUGCAAAGUAUGGUCAAUCAAUACACCACGUCUUACAAGGCGGCGUUACCACCAGCAUUAAAUGAUCUUAAAGAAUUUCCAUCUUUACCAAGCUUCACACAUCGAUCACAAGAACAUCUACACAGUGAUUUCUUGGAGCAACUAGUCAACAUUCUUUCUAGUAAAAUGGAAAAGAUUAUUGAAGAAACAACAAAUNCAAAAGCUACUCGUAAUGAACGCGUGAUAAAAUCGAUACAAUUUUUCUCGUCCAUAAUUGUUUCAAUAGUAAUGCGAAAAUUCUUAUUAUUUAGAUAA